AUGAAACUCCCUCUCAAGGCCGUCGUCCUCUUGGUCCUCGCCUCGACAGCGACCCUCGUCUCCGCCAUCAAGCCAUGGGGCAAAUCGCCCAUGAACGCCCGGGAGAGGCUGCACCUCUGGAACCAGGCCGCCUGCAAACAGCUCAGGAAGUCGCCGUUCCCCCGGCGCUGGGUCUCGACCAGCUUCACGGUGACGGCCAUCGUCGACGAGGACAUCGAGUCCCUCUGCCACCGGCUCUGGCACAACAUCAAGCGCUCCGACGGCUACUGCACGACGCCGACCAAGCCGGUGUGCGAGGACCGGGGCGACAAGGAGAUUGGGGAAAAGGUCGUCUACUGGAGCUUCAACGUGUUUGGGUUCUGCCCCCCCUCCGCGGUGGACUCGGCCUGGUGGGAGAGCACGGGGAAUAUCUGGGGCCCGUCGAACUGUCGAGAGGGCAAGUAUACUAACAAGAACCUUCCCAGUCUGCCCUUUCCAGAGCCCGAGAGGGAGAGGUAG